GAUCGUACAACAAUCUUCUUGAUACAUAACCUAAACAUGAUGUACAGUGGAAGUGUAAAAUUUAAUACAAUUAAGUCGUGAAACGAAACAUCCAAACUUCUUUAUUAUAUGCAACUUUAAAAUACACACGCGAAGAUGAUUUCACAAUACAGAAGUGCCGUUUGCAUUUUUGGAAAGUAUAUGCAGAAUAAUUUACCUUUAAUGUUGAGUCCUAUCAACUUUCCGUGCGAUAAUUCUCAGCAAGUUAGAACCAUAAAGAAGCACUGGAAUCCAAAGUUUAAAAAAGAAAGAAGAGAAAAGUUUAUAAAAGUUGAACUUCUAAAUUUUGAUGAGUCCGAAGACAUGUCUAAGGAAAGAAUACGAUCGGAAAUGAAAAAAUAUGGUUUAAUACCGCAAAGAAUAUGGAACGAACGACCUAACUUUGUUUCUUGUACGCCUAACAUAUUUGAAUCGUACGUUGUUCCAGAAGGUGAUGGAAAAUUUUCUACCAUUACCAAAGAGGGGGCAAAACAGAAAUUUGAAUUUAUAGAAAAAAAAGGCAAAUCUAUGUUAGCUAUUAAUAAAAUUAAAUCAUACGAAGAUAAUUUUUCAACUAAACUCUUCACAGAGCAAGCAAUGGAUAUCUAUAAAAAAGCACAUGAAGCUUUAGCCGCGAAAGAUGAAGAGAAACUAAUACAAUAUGUAACGGAGACUGCGUUUCCUCAAAUGAUGCAUAAUAUGACGGACAAGACGAUUCACUGGCAGUUCUUAGAAUCAUUAGAACCAGCGCGUCUUGUCCAUGCAAGGUGUACAAGUGUCUUGACAAAAGAGAAUUUAUUCGCCCAAAUCACCAUCCGUUUCCAUACUCAACAGAUCCUGUGCAUUUACGACAGAUUCGGAAGGGUAGUAAUGGGUAGCGAGAUAUUAAGAAAAGAUGUAUUGGACUAUGUAGUGUUCGAGAAACAUUUGUCCAACGAAUACGGUGUUUGGCGGAUACAUGGAAAGAUUGUACCGAGUUGGAUGCCACCGGAAGAGGUGCCAUCGAAAACUUACACACUGCGGAAGCAAGAGGAUGAUUUGACAGAGAAACCCGUUGAAUCAGUCGCUGAAACAGUUCCUCCUGAAAUGUUAGGAGAACAAAGUACUCAGGAUACAUCAGCUGCAACGAGAUGAACGACGCGAUAACAUAUUUAGUCCGGAGGUUAUUAUUACUUUUCAAAUAAAGUGCUACGCAAAAGAUACCUGUAAAAUAAAAUUUCCAGCAUUUCUUUACUUUA